GGGUGGGGGAGAGGUCAAGCGGAGCCUCUUCUCCUUUACCAAGAUGGCGGCUUGUCCCUGUUUCGCCACAUUUCCCACCUUGUGAGCCUGAUUUCCUUACGCUGAUAAGACUGGAACAGCAAAAGCUGGCAGGCUGACAGAAGUGGCCUCAGGACGGACUUUCUGGCUACUGACCGUUUUGCUGUGACUCACCCGGACAGUGUGUGGGUGCACCAUCAACCAUGAGCUCCGUUGCAGUCUUGACCCAAGAGAGCUUUGCUGAACACCGAAGUGGGCUGGUUCCGCAACAGAUCAAAGUUGCCACUUUAAAUUCGGAAGAAGAGAGUGACCCUCCGACCUACAAAGAUGCCUUCCCCCCACUCCCCGAGAAAGCAGCGUGCGUGGAAAGCACCCAGGAACCCUCAGGGGCCUGGAGCAACAAGAUCCGGCCCAUCAAGGCUUCCGUCAUCACUCAGGUGUUCCACGUGCCCCUGGAGGAGAGGAAAUACAAGGACAUGAACCAGUUUGGAGAAGGUGAGCAAGCGAAAAUCUGCCUUGAGAUCAUGCAGAGGACCGGCGCGCACCUGGAGCUCUCUCUUGCGAAAGACCAGGGCCUCUCCAUCAUGGUCUCUGGGAAGCUGGAUGCUGUCAUGAAAGCCCGGAAGGACAUUGUGGCUCGGCUACAGACGCAGGCCUCAGCAACUGUUGCCAUUCCCAAAGAACACCAUCGCUUUGUUAUUGGCAAAAAUGGAGAGAAACUACAAGACUUAGAGCUAAAAACCGCAACCAAAAUCCAGAUCCCACGCCCAGAUGACGCGAGCAACCAGAUCAGGAUCACGGGCACCAAAGAGGGCAUCGAGAAGGCCCGCCACGAAGUGCUGCUCAUCUCUGCCGAGCAGGACAAACGUGCUGUAGAGAGGCUUGAAGUAGAGAAGGCAUUCCACCCCUUCAUCGCUGGGCCUUAUAAUCGACUUGUGAACGAGAUCAUGCAGGAGACCGGGACGCGCAUCAACAUCCCCCCGCCCAGCGUCAGCCGGACAGAAAUCAUCUUCACCGGGGAGAAGGAGCAGCUGGCUCAGGCUGUGGCCCGGAUCAAGAGGAUUUAUGAAGAGAAGAAAAAGAAGACCACAACCAUCGCGGUGGAGGUGAAGAAAUCCCAGCACAAGUACGUCAUUGGGCCGAAGGGCAACUCUCUGCAGGAGAUCCUGGAAAGGACUGGCGUCUCUGUGGAGAUCCCGCCGUCUGACAGCGCCUCUGAGACCGUGAUACUCCGAGGCGAGCCCGAGAAGCUGGGGCAAGCGCUGACUGAGGUCUACGCCAAGGCCAACAGUUUCACUGUCUCCUCCGUCUCGGCUCCUUCUUGGCUUCAUCGUUUCAUCAUUGGCAAGAAGGGGCAGAACCUGGCCAAGAUAACUCAGCAGAUGCCGAAGGUUCACAUCGAGUUCACGGAGGGCGAGGACAAGAUCACCCUGGAAGGCCCCACGGAGGACGUGAACGUGGCCCAGGAGCAGAUCGAGGCCAUGGUGAAGGACUUGGUUCACCGCAUGGACUACGUGGAGAUCAGCAUCGACCACAAGUUCCACCGACACCUCAUCGGGAAGAGCGGGGCUAACAUCAACAGAAUCAAAGACCAGUACAAGGUGUCUGUGCGCAUCCCUCCCGACAGCGAGAAGAGCAGCCUGAUCCGCAUCGAGGGGGACCCGCAGGGUGUGCAGCAGGCCAAGCGGGAGCUGCUGGAGCUCGCCUCCCGCAUGGAGAAUGAGCGCACCAAGGACCUCAUCAUUGAGCAGAGGUUUCAUCGCACAAUCAUUGGGCAGAAGGGUGAACGGAUCCGUGAGAUUCGUGACAAGUUCCCGGAGGUUAUCAUCAACUUUCCAGACCCAGCACAAAAAAGUGAUAUUGUCCAACUCAGAGGCCCCAAGAACGAGGUGGAAAAGUGCACAAAAUACAUGCAGAAGAUGGUGGCGGAUUUGGUGGAAAACAGCUAUUCAAUCUCUGUCCCGAUCUUCAAGCAGUUCCACAAGAACAUCAUUGGGAAGGGAGGCGCCAACAUCAAAAAGAUUCGUGAAGAGAGCAACACCAAGAUCGACCUUCCAGCAGAAAACAGCAACUCGGAGACCAUCGUCAUCACGGGCAAGCGGGCCAACUGCGAGGCUGCCCGGAGCCGCAUCCUGUCCAUCCAGAAAGACCUGGCCAACAUAGCCGAGGUGGAGGUCUCCAUCCCCGCCAGGCUGCACAACUCCCUCAUCGGCACGAAGGGCCGCCUGAUCCGCUCCAUCAUGGAGGAGUGCGGUGGGGUGCACAUCCACUUCCCCGGGGAAGGUUCGGGGAGCGACACGGUUGUCAUCAGAGGCCCUUCCUCAGACGUGGACAAGGCCCGGAAACAGCUCCUGCACCUGGCGGAGGAGAAGCAAACCAAGAGCUUCACCGUGGACAUCCGCGCCAAGCCAGAGUACCACAAGUUCCUCAUUGGCAAAGGGGGUGGCAAGAUCCGCAAGGUGCGCGACACCACUGGCGCCCGCAUCAUAUUCCCGACGGCAGAGGACAAGGACCAGGACCUGAUCACCAUCAUCGGAAAAGAGGAUGCUGUCAGGGAGGCCCAGAAGGAGCUGGAAGCCCUGAUCCAGAACCUGGAUAACGUGGUGGAGGAGUGCAUGCUGGUGGACCCGAAGCACCACCGUCAUUUUGUCAUCCGAAGAGGCCAGGUCUUGCGGGAGAUCGCUGAGGAGUACGGCGGGGUGAUGGUCAGCUUCCCGCGGUCCGGCACGCAGAGUGACAGAGUCACUCUCAAGGGCGCCAAAGAAUGUGUGGAGGCAGCCAGGCAGCGCAUCCAGGAGAUCAUCGAGGACCUGGAGGCCCAGGUGACCAUAGAGUGUGCCAUACCCCAGAAGUUCCAUCGCUCUGUCAUGGGCCCAAAAGGUUCUAGAAUCCAGCAGAUCACUCGGGACUACGGCGUUCAGAUUAAAUUCCCAGACAGAGAGGAGAGCCCAGCUGCCCAGGAGAACGGUGAGGACACGGGGGAGGGGAGAGAGGCAGACCCUGGCUCUCCCAGGAGGUGCGACAUUAUCACCAUCUCUGGCCGCAAGGAAAAGUGUGAAGCUGCCAAGGAAGCCCUCGAGGCACUGGUCCCUGUCACCACUGAAGUGGAGGUGCCCUUUGACCUUCACCGGUACAUCAUUGGGCAGAAGGGCAGCGGGAUCCGAAAGAUGAUGGAUGAAUUCGAGGUGAACAUACACGUCCCGGCACCUGAGCUGCAGUCUGACAUCAUCGCCAUCACAGGCCUCUCUGCCAAUCUGGACCGGGCCAAGGCCGGGUUGCUGGAGCGCGUGCGGGAGCUGCGGGCAGAGCAGGAGGACCGGGCUCUACGGAGUUUUAAGCUGAGCGUCACUGUCGACCCCAAAUACCAUCCCAAAAUCAUCGGGAGGAAGGGAGCAGUGAUCACCCAAAUCCGCUUGGAGCAUGACGUGAACAUCCAGUUUCCUGAUAAGGAUGACGGGAACCAGCCACAGGACCAGAUCACCAUCACAGGGUACGAGAAGAACACAGAAGCCGCCCGGGACGCCAUUCUGAAAAUCGUGGGUGAGCUCGAACAGAUGGUUUCUGAGGACGUCCCUCUAGACCACCGUGUCCACGCCCGCAUCAUUGGUGCCCGCGGCAAAGCCAUUCGCAAAAUCAUGGAUGAGUUCAAGGUGGACAUUCGCUUCCCGCAGAGUGGGGCCCCGGACCCCAACUGCGUCACCGUGACGGGGCUCCCAGAGAACGUGGAGGAGGCUGUCGACCACAUCCUUAACCUGGAGGAGGAAUACCUGGCCGACGUGGUGGACAGCGAGGUGCUGCAGGUGUACAUGAAGCCCCCAGCCCACGAGGAGUCCAAGGCGCCGUCCAAGGGCUUUGUGGUGCGGGACGCGCCCUGGACCACCAGCAGUGAGAAGGCUCCGGAUAUGAGCAGCUCUGAGGAGUUUCCCAGCUUUGGGGCUCAGGUGGCCCCCAAGACCCUCCCUUGGGGCCCCAAGCGAUAAUGAUGAGAAAACAGAAACCUCUCCAGCCUGCUGACCCAAACCCCACCACACAAUGGUUUGUUUCAAUCUGAUCCAGCAGCUGGACCCUCCGUAAAUUGUUGACGCUCCCCCCUCCCCGAGGUCUCGCAGGGAAGCGGGUGCCGGCGCUGUGUGCAGCCGGUCCUCGGGCCUGGCCAGUGCCCAGUGUGUGCUCAGGAUCUGCCCCUGACGCCGGCUGUGGGCCGGCUUUCCAUGGUUCGAACACUAACAGAGGCGAUCGGACAUCUCACCGGCUCGUCAGCAAGGCCCUGGCCCCAUUGAGUGCUGCACAGCUGGGGCUGAGCCCACUUCCUGUGUCGUGACCUCAGGAAAUAAAUUCCUUCACUUUAGAAAAGCCAAACGUUUGCCCUCUUCCUUUCCCAGCUCCCUUCCUCCCUCUGCCUGUCGUCCAGCCCUCUGUAGACUGCAGUCGCCUCCUUUGCGCUGCCCAAGUCCGCUCAGCCUAGACCACAGGGCGGGAGGAGGCCUGGUGUGUGCACAGGAGCACUGGGACCCCAAGGGGCCCGGGUGCCCGGUGUCCCUGCCUGCCCUGCACUGCAGGCACUGGGGGAUGAGCGAGGCUGGCAGGUGAGGCUGCAUGUCUGCUCUCUGGGUCUGGGGAGGGAGGUGUGGAGGGCGGGGGGGGGGGGAUGUGGCCCACUGAGGAGAGGUGGACACCUGCUUCCCCUCAGAGACGGCCCUGCUCUGAGUGACAGCUGAGUCGCCACACCGACUUCCGCUCCCCACCCUCCCCAGAAGGAUGCCCACUUCAGUCUCCCCCUUUCUACCUCAGAGCCAGGGGCAUUGAUCUGUGGAGGGCGGGGCCAGCCCCGGCCCAGGGUCUGCUGUGGCUGUCCCCACUGUGGGCCAGUCUGGGGUGGGGGAUGCACACCCCCCACCCCACAUGCUGUACUCUGAUGCACUGGGGUGCUGUGUGCGGACCCCUAGGAGCUGGCCGUAAGGGGCUGAGAGAGGCUGCCACUCAGCCUGGCCUGGAGGAGGACCUGCUCAGGGAGCCUGCUUUCCUCAGGUGUCUUUUGGGUCAUCCUGGGUUGGGCAGGUGCCCCACGCCAGUCAGCUUGGCGAAGGUCUGCUCUGGAGAGGAGGGGCCCAGGCGGGGGCCGUGUGGGAGGCACAGCCAGCGAUUGGCUUCUGGGUUGUCGGGUCUCCCGCCCCGCCCCGCCCCAUGGGGGCCACGUGCCCCAAGUUGUUUGUCCCAGAUACCAGGGCUCCUGGAGGAGCUGACCGGGGCCUGACCACUCCGUCUAUGACAUUUUCUAUUCGAUUCUUACUCAGCUUGGGAACCUUUAGAUUGAAACUCCUGAAUACACCAGAAUUGCUUAACGCAAGUCUGACGUCAGUUGCCUUUGCAAGUUCCCAUGAGCUCAAGCAGCCUUAAACGUGCCCAUUUGUAGGAAAGAACAUUUGCUUCAGCAGAAUAGGGUGGGUGACCCCCAUGUUAGGCGGAGUGGAUUGAGACGGAGAGGGAAGGGAAGGCGUGUCUCGCUGUUCUCCAGGAGUGUCCCUAGUCCCUGGGGUCCCUGCCACCUGCAUGAGUUUGGGAGCCUUUCCUGUUGGCCCGCGCACUGCCUGCUCUUGCCCUCAGAUGUCUACCCAGACCUCCGUUUCUGUGGCAUCCCAGCCCCUCCCCCAGAGGUGGAUUUUUAAUUCUUGCAACGGGUGUUUGCACAUCUGCACUUGCUGCUAAAUGUAGGUGCAGCCUCCUCCUGCACUGCACAGGGUCUCGCUGUGUGACUGUCAGUCACGCUCCCGCAGUGACUGCCCGGGGCUCCUGCCGCCCCUGGUGCUGCUGCGGGAGCCCUGGGUGGGUGGGGUGGGUCGUGAGGGUCCUGCUUCCCUUGUUGACUGUCCUCCGUGUCACGUGUGUCCACAGUACAACUCGUCCCUUGGCCUUAACUUUGGAAUUUGGAGAUUAUAUGCAAACGUGUAAAGGCUCAUGAAUAUGGAUGACACUGGAAUUUUAUAAGUUCUAAAAUAAAACCCAAAACCAGA